AUGUAUAGAGGAAGAAAUAGACCCAGAGGCAAAGCUACGGAAGACAACCAAGUUAGAGGGCCUAACUCUGCGUUAACGCAAUUUCUGAAAGAACAGGGUAUUAAUGCUGAAAGCAUCAGACAGAAAUGGUUGAAGAGUCGUAAAACGGAGGAGGAACAACCGUCAGACGGUGUCAAAAGCGAAAGUCAGGAACCCACCAGUGUUCCGAAAAAUACUACACGCGGUAGACGUCGUCCGCUGGGUAGUAGCUCAGACGACGACGAUGACGAUUACGAUGACGAUGAUGGUGAUGACGAUGAGGAUGGUUUGGAACUUGACGACCAAAGCGUGGGUGAAAGUGACGAUGAAGGAAAAGAAGACAGCGAAACCACUCGUUUUGAAGAAAGCAAAUCUACGACUCCGCGUCUUGAUGGUAACAGUCGAUUAAAGCGGUACGGUAUAGACGAUGAGGACAGCGAUGAAGCAGAGUACGACGAUAACAAGAGCUCAAGAACCGUUUCGGAAACUCCUGUACUUGAAAUAACCCAAGAACAAGCCGAGCAAAAGCUAAAGAGAAGCCGACAGCAACUGCAACAGAGAAGAAGGAAGAAGAAAAGAGCUGCAGAGCUCUUGGAUCGGAAAACGAGACGUAUCUCAACUCUGCAAGAUACUUGCAUUGCCCAAAUUAGCUCCAACAUCUUGAAAGUGCAGAGAAAUGCUAACGCCGGUGAUGAGAGCAUUUCCACCAAAAUCCGUGAUACUCUGGGUGGGUUGUCAACGCAGAACAUGAACAAACUUGCUAGAACUUUGUCGAAGAACCGGGCGCUUGACGAUCAUACGCUCCAAUUGUUCUUAAGGACGAAUCUUCACACACUCAGUUUUCAUGACUGUUCCAAGUUGUCGUACGAGGGAUACAAACAGCUUGCAAUUUUUGCACCCCAACUGUCAGAGCUUUCUCUACAAAUGUGCGGUCAACUAAAUAAUGAAGCACUUCUCUAUAUCAGUGAAAAGCUUCCCAAACUAACGUCCUUGGACCUUGACGGCCCAUUUCUAAUCAAUGAGGCUACGUGGGAUGGUUUCUUUGCGCGAAUGAAAGGAAGAUUAAGUGCAUUUCAUGUCUCAAAUACCCACCGUUUUACUAAUAGCUCACUUGAAAGUCUUUUGAGAAACUGUGGAGAUAGUCUUGUAUCUUUGAAGUUGUCGAGACUCGAUGAUGUUUCCGAUUACAGCAUUAUAUCAAAAUAUCUCAAGCACGAGAACUUAGAGCGGCUGGCGCUAGAGUACCCAAAUAAGGAAGAGUAUAUUACAGAUGAUGUGGUGUCCGCGAUAUUGGCAGGAGCCGGACGAAAUUUGAAGCAUCUGGACUUGAAUGGGUGCACCGCUCUCACAGACACCACAAUUUUAAAUUUGAAAGAUGCUUUUGCUCAAAAUGAGGACAACAUAAGCAUUCUCGAAUCUCUUGAACUGGAAGAGCUCGAUCAGAUUUCCACAGAUGCUGUGGUGCUUCUCUUUAGCCAAAUCCAGAUGCCUGAGCUCAAGUUUUGUAGUCUCAAGCGUUGUCUCCAACUUGAAGAUAUGGCGCUCACAGAAUUGUUCUUAAACAAAGCGGCACAGACACUGGUUAGUCUCGUCCUCAAUUCUCUGAAAGAAUUGAAUGGCGAAUGUUUUGAGGCAAUGUCUUGCCCAAAGCUGGAAAGGCUUGAUAUCGGGUUUAUGGGAUGCGCGAACGACAAACUUGUCAAGAAGCUUGGUGAACAAAAUCCGAAACUGGAGAUAUUAGAGGUGUUUGGAGAUAACUUGGUCACGGGAAAAGCUCAUAUAAGAUCAGGACUCACCGUUAUCGGACGUCAAAGCGAUACAUUGUAA